GUGUUCUUUGUUUUAUUCCUUUUGCGUUUUUGGCUUCUUUGCUUGUUUGGCUGCGAAAGCGAGAAGAUCAGGCGAAAAUGGCGUGCACACAUGACCAUAGCUGCGAAGAUCACGAUUGUUCUUCUAAUUGGUCACUUUACAAGCACAUCGACCUCUCAAAGGUUACUGCUUUGAAUGAGGCUAAUCCAGGAAGUGUUAAAUCGGUGUUUAAAGCAUGGGAGGAGCGAUUAAAUUCUUCCGGGGAACACUUGGAAAGCAACGAGGGUGACCCUGAGUUACUUGUUUACAUACCAUUUACAUCAGAUGUUAAGAUCAAGAGCAUCUCAGUUGUUGGUGGUGCUGAUGGAACAAGCCCUUCUAAGCUGAGAGUAUUUAUCAAUAGAGAUGGCAUUGACUUCUCUGAUGCUCAAAGCAUGCAGCCUGUUCAGGAGUGGGAUUUGGUUGAAAAUCUGCAAGGAGUGUUAGAAUACCAGACAAGGUACUCAAAAUUUCAAAGUGUGGCAAAUAUUACAUUGCAUUUCCCUGAGAGUUUUGCUGGUGACACAACCCAAAUUCACUACAUUGGUUUUAAAGGCGAAGCCACACAGUUGAAAAGAGAUGUUGUUGCAACGAUUGUUUAUGAAAUCACGCCCAAUCCUUCUGAUCACAAGACCCGUGCCGAAACUGGUGGAGGACUUUCUCACGUGGAAUAAAGAUUUUGUUAUACGUGUGGGCUCGGGUUGUUCUUGUCAAGAAUCUGACCGCUUAUUUCAAAAAUCCUAUGGCGAAAAUUAUACAAAUGUUAUAUAGUUGAUGGAGAACCUUUACCUUAUAGGGUUAUUGUGAUAUUUUAUUUCCUUUAUGUUUCCAAAGAUUGUGUGCUUCAUAGUUCAAUCAUAUGAUGUGCGAAGGCUUAAUUGUUUUUUAAGCUAACAAUUGCGAAGUACUGAAUAGAGCGAGUAACAUUGCAUUUGCUAUCUCCAUUUGCUAUUAUUACAU